CCUGUUUCUCUCUCUUUCAUGCUCUCUCCCUUCCUCUCUCUCUCUCUGUCAGUUUCAUUCUGUAGUGGAGAUGUGGAGGGUUGUUCUGUGUCUCUGUCUGAUUUUCCGGCCUCAUUCAGCAGAGGAAGUGAUGCUGCUGGACACAACAGAGUCUACCUCAGAGCUGGGUUGGACCACCUAUCCAGACACAGGGUGGGACGAGGUCAGUGUCCUGGACGACCGGGGGAAGCUCAUACGGACCUUUGAGGUCUGUAAUGUCAACCAAAACCCCCGUCAGCAGGACAACUGGUUGGCCACACCUUUCCUGUUCCGCAACUCGGCUCCACGGGUGUUUGUCACGUUGCGUUUCUCGGUGCGUGACUGCGCCAGCCUGCGAUCACCAUCACCCUCCUGCCGAGAGACGCUCACCCUGUACUUCAAACAGGCCGACUCCCAGAGGGAGCUGGAGAGGACCUGGGCGGCUGAGCCGUCCAGCAAUGAGAAGGACACCAGGGAGGGUUGGGUGAAGAUCGACACCAUUGCAGCAGAUAAGAGUUUCUCCAAGGUGGAGCCCAGUUCCCCUCACCAGUACCAGCCGAACAGAUACAGUCGAAUCAACGUCAAGACACGCAGCUUUGCCCCGCUCACACGCAACGGAUUUGUCCUGGCUAUUGUUGACAGUGGAGCUUGUGUUUCCCUCAUGGGUGUCUCCGUCUUCUACCGGCGCUGUCCAGCCACCAGUCUCUUCUUGGCCUCUUACCCAGCGACCCCCUCGGGGGCAGAGCCCACGGCCUUAGUGCCCGUGAGCGGGACAUGUGUCCCCAACAGUAGAGCACAGGGCGGCACGGCCCCUCGCAUGCACUGCAAUGCUGAGGGAGAAUGGAUGGUACCUGUAGGAGGGUGUGUCUGUGACGGCGGCUUCGAGCCCAACCUCAAUGGAUCCGCCUGCUUGGCCUGUCCUGUGGGAUACUUCAAGUCCGUCUCAGGCUCCGCUCCCUGCGCCGUGUGUCCCCCCAACAGCAGAACCAGUCAGACAGGAUCCAGUAUGUGCGAAUGUCGCAGCGGCUUUUACCGGGGAGCCAAUGAUGCCAACUCUUCUGCCUGCACAACUCCUCCAUCUGCUCCCAACUCCAUGUCCUGGGAGUAUGAGAGCGAUGACGGCGGGGUGUCCAUCAGGUGGCGCCCGCCAUCGGACAUGGGAGGCCGCAGCGAGGUGUGGUACGCGGUGGUUUGCCGCAUCUGCCCCUCGGCCACCUUCAGCAACCCGGCGACAUGCUCCUGGUGCGGUGAUGGCGUCACGUUCAGUCCCUCCCAGACCAACCUGAAACAAACCAAGGUCACCCUGAACAACCUGCUGACCAGAGUCACCUAUCUCAUGCAGGUGCAAGCCAUGAAUGAGGUGUCGGCUUUGAGUCCGUUCUCAGCUCGAUACGCCAGCAUCAAUUUCACCACGAGCCAGUCAGUUCCCAGUAUAGUUCCCAUGAUGCACCAGCUGAGCCGAGCCCCAGAAUCCAUCACUCUAUCGUGGCCUCAGCCGGACCGACCCAACGGAGACAUCCUGGAGUACCAGCUCAGAUACUACGACAAGGGCUCAGAUGUGAACAGUGCGAUGACCGUGUACAGCGAGACCAACACAGUGACCAUCAACCCUCUGAUUCCCGGCUCCAUCUACGGCUUCCAGAUCAGAGCUCGCAACGAACGGGGUUACGGCCCCUACAGCAACACCAUCUACUUCACCACUCUGCCUCUGGAGGAACAUUCCCAGCAGAUCCAGAAUCGACUUCCUCUGCUGGUCGGCUCGGUGAUGGGUGGGGCGGCCUUUCUUCUGGUCGUGGUGGCGAUUGUGGUCGUGGUGGUAUUUCGCAGUAAGAGGAGGGAGAGCCCGUACAGCGACAGGCUCCAGAGAUACAUCAGUAACAAAGGUGGAGUGAAGUACUACGUGGACCCAUCCACCUAUGAAGACCCCAGUGAGGCCGUCAAAGAGUUUGCCCGUGAGAUAGAUCCCCUUCACCUCAAGAUCGAGGAGGUGAUUGGUUCAGCUCAGUUCGGCGAAGUUUCCCGAGGUCGUUACCGUCCGAUGGGUCGCAGGGAGGUGCUUGUGGCCGUGAAGACUCUUCGCUGGGGGGCGUCCGACAGGGAGAGGGGGUUGUUCCUCAGUGAAGCCGGGGUCAUGGGCCAGUUUGACCACCCCAACGUGCUGAAGCUGGAGGGCGUGGUCACCCACAGCCCUCCAGAGAGGAUCAUCACUGAGUUUAUGGAGAACGGGCCGCUGGACUCAUUCCUCAGGGAGAACGAGGGCCAGUUCAGCAUCCUGCAGCUCAUUGGGAUGCUGAGGGGAGUCGGUGCAGGGAUGCGUUACCUCGCUGAGAGAAACUUUGUCCACCGGGACCUGGCCGCCCGGAAUGUGCUGGUCAACUCCAACCUGGUGUGCAAAGUGUCGGACUUUGGCCUGUCACGACUCAUGAGGGGCCUGGACCACAACAUACCCACGUACACUGCCUCGCUGGGCAGUAAGAUUCCUGUGAGGUGGACGGCACCGGAGGCGUUUCAGCAUCGCAAGUUCAGCUCAGCCAGUGACGUCUGGAGCUUCGGCAUACUGAUGUGGGAAGUGAUGUCAUACGGAGAGCGCCCGUACUGGGACAUGAGCAAUCAAGAAGUGAUGAAGGCAGUGGCAGACCAGUAUCGUCUCCCCGCCCCCCACAACUGCCCGCCUGCCCUCCACUCUCUGAUGCUUCAGUGCUGGCAGGCCGAGCGAGCCGACCGCCUCGGCUUCGACUCCCUCCUGUCCUCCCUGGACCGGCUCAUCAGGCACCCCGCCGCCCUCAAGACGGAGCCGACCCGAAGCUGUUCCCAGACGCUGCUCAGCCCGACCCCCACAGACCUGUCAGCAGUGGCGACAGUCAGCGAUUGGCUGAAGGCGUUGAGGAUGGAGAGAUAUCAGGACGAGUUCGACCGGGCUCAGCUGGACACUUUGGACAGAGUCAGCACCCUCACCAUGGAUGACGUCCAGAACCUCGGGGUGAACCUGGUGGGACACCAGAGGAAGAUCGUCACCGCGGCCCAGCAGCUCAGAGCCCAUCUGACACAGGGGCAGGUGGAGGUGUGAAAUCCCAGCUUACAGAACAACAGGAUUUCUGUGGUUGUCACAUUCCUCUGCUUGUCGUGUCUGGUUUCUGCAAGACCUUUUAUUUUCACGGAGCACAUUUUGAGCCCAAACAUAAAUAGAGAGAAUCGGCGUAGAGUGCCGCUGCGUAUUCGGAUAAACCUGACACUACAACCAGAAGGGGUGAGAAACAGAGGAUCGGACUUUUCCUGCCUGUCACUCGAGACGAGUAAAAGAAGAGGGAUGCAUCUGGUCCGGGUCAGAGUGAGGUCAGGGAGUUGUUAAGGAGAAUGAGGACUGUUAAAGAUUCCUCAAUGUUUUUCACUAUAGAUUUCACUAUGCUGUUGUCUGCCUUCUCUCCUCACCCAUCUGCAGUCCUACCUCUCACCCUCUCUUCCACUGAUGUCCCUCCCUCAAAUGUCCCCCUACCUCCACCCCAGUGAGGUCAGUAAAAAAAAAAUCAAGGAGGUCUCUCCUCACAAAGAAUUGCGUGAAGACAAUCAAAGCCUUUUUUUAUUUUUUGAGUUGUUUGUACAGUCUUAAAGUUCCUCUCCACUUAAAUGCUAAAAGCAGAAAAACAAUAUACUACCUAGCAGCAUGUGGUUUGCCUUAUGAGGUCUCACCAUUAACUGUCAGUGAAAAUGUAAAGUUUGCUCGGUGUCGGAGCAAAAGCUGUAAACCACCAGUCGCGAAAGAGGGGAAACAAAAACUUAACUAAAAGAUGACUCCCCUGUUUAAAAGACAUAUCCAUGGUCUGAGAGCAGGCCCUGUUUGCAUGAGUCACUCUCACUGCCGGGCCUCUCGCGGGGGGGGAAGCUGUCGAGCGCCACGAGUGUCACCUCGGCUGCAAACACUGCGUCCACCUGUGAUGAGGACAGAGCUGAACAGCACUCACCUGUACGUGUACGUUUCACACUUCACCUCCUUUUGUUCGAUAGAGUAAAGACACUGAGUCACUGAAGCUUUGUGAAUGUGUGAAAUGGCAAAGACGGAAACAAUCGGAUCUGAUUUACACUCGGAGGAGGGAGGCAAAAUGCUUCGUAAGUAUGUACCUGUGUGUCUGUAACCUGUGUGUACCGUAGGAAACGUGUGCGUGUGGGCGUGUGUGCGUGCGUGCGUGUGUGCGUGCGUGCGUGUGUGAGACAAGUGUGUGCGUGUGUGAGACAAGUGUGUCAGGCUACACACAUCGUUAGCUGUGAGUGUUCACCACUAUUCCAUAAUUGUGGAAAAUUUGUAAAAUAAAUGAUAUGACUUUAUUUAAAAACCAA